ACACAAGUAUUAAAAAAGAAAAUAAUAAAUAAAAUAGAACCAAUAAUUAAUUUUAUAUUAUUUGCUUUCUGAUCCAACCAAUCCUCAACAAUCAAUAUCCAGCCCCUGUUAUUAUUUCACCUCGUCAGAUCGAAAAGAAAAAAAUCUUGAUCAAGAAAUUCAAAUAAAAAAUCAUGAUCCAAUCAAACCUAAUUCUUCUUCUUCUACCGAUUCUCUCUCAUCUCCUUUUUCAAUUUUCCUCGUCGUCGGAAAUCACCGUUUCCGUCAGCUCCAGAUCCAUACCCAAGUCCGGCGACCCAAUCACCGUCAAAUGGUCCGGCAUUGAUUCCCCAUCGGAGCUCGAUUGGCUCGGUAUUUAUUCACCCGCUAAUUCUACUCACCAGAACUUCAUAGGUUACAUUUUCCUUUCGUCCUCACCGGAAUGGCAAUCCGGGUCGGGUUCAGUCACCAUCCCCUUAAUCAACCUCCGAUCCGAUUACCAGUUCCGGGUCUUCCACUGGACCGAGUCCGAAAUCAACCCGAAGAAGCAAGACCACGAUCACAACCCCAUACCGGGGACCAAACACCUGCUCGCGCGAUCCGAAACCGUCCGGUUCGAACCGGGCCGGGGACCGGAGCAGGUUCACCUGUCGUCGACGGGUAACGACGGUGAGAUGCGGGUCAUGUUCGUGACCCACGAUGGGAAGGAGAGCUUCGUGAAAUACGGGUUGACCCGAGAUAAAACGGGUAGGGUUGCGGGCACCCGUGUGUCGAGGUACGAGAGGGAGGAUAUGUGCGACACGCCGGCGAACUCCAGCAUCGGGUGGAGGGAUCCGGGGUUUAUACACGACGGCGUGAUGGUUGAUUUAGAAGAUGGAAAGAGGUAUUAUUAUCAGGUGGGCAGUGAUUCUGGGGGUUGGAGCACAAUUUACAGCUUCGUCUCGCAAAUUAGGGAUUCAACUGAAACGACAGCGUUCUUGCUUGGAGACAUGGGCACAUACACGCCGUACUCGACUUUCGUGCGCAUACAAGAAGAGAGCAUCGCCACCGUUAAAUGGAUAAGCAGAGACAUCGAAGCUAUAGGCGAAAAGCCCGCUUUGAUCUCGCACGUCGGAGACAUAAGCUACGCCCGAGGCUAUUCUUGGUUGUGGGACAACUUCUUCAAUCAAAUCGAACCCAUUGCAUCCAAAGUACCCUACCAUGUCUGCAUAGGCAACCAUGAAUACGAUUGGCCAGCUCAGCCGUGGAAGCCCGAUUGGUCUUAUUCGAUCUACGGGAAAGAUGGUGGAGGAGAGUGUGGGGUACCUUACAGCCUCCGAUUCAACAUGCCCGGAAACUCGUUGGAACCCACCGGAACAAGAUCACCCCCCACUAGGAAUCUUUACUAUUCGUUCGAUAUGGGUGUGGUCCACUUCGUCUAUUUCUCCACAGAAACCAACUUUCUUUCGGGGAGUAAACAGUACGAAUUCUUGAAAAACGACUUAUCAUCGGUCGACAGAAACAAGACGCCUUAUGUCGUUGUGCAUGGCCACAGGCCGAUGUACACAACCAGUUAUGAAACGAGAGAUGCCCCUUUUAGAGAGAGAUUGCUGGCUAAUUUAGAACCUCUUUUUGUGGAGAACAAUGUUACGGUGGCUUUGUGGGGGCACGUGCAUAGGUACGAGCGGUUUUGUCCGCUUAAUAACUUCACCUGUGGAAGCUCAGGUUUUCCCGUGCAUAUGGUGAUUGGGAUGGCGGGGCAAGAUUGGCAGCCUAUAUGGCAGCCCAGGCAGGACCACCUCGAAGAUCCGAUUUUUCCUCAGCCCGUUCGAUCUUUAUACCGUGGUGGUGAGUUUGGGUAUGUUAGGCUUGAGGCGAAUAGGGAGAGACUUACGUUGUCUUAUGUGGGGAACCAUGAUGGACAGGUGCAUGAUGUGGUGGAGAUUUUGGCGUCGGGGCAAGUCUUUAAUGGCCGUGCUAAUAUGAUCGUUGCUGGUGGUGGUGGUGGUGGUGGCGGUGAUGGCGGUGUUGUAAUUUCGUGGUAUGUUAAGGUUGCUAGUAUACUGGUUCUUGGCGCUUUUCUCGGGUAUGUUGUAGGGUUCGUUUCGCGUUCGAGAAGGGAUGCUGCUUCGGAGGCGAAAUGGACUGCUGUGAAGAGUGAGGAUAUUUGAAUUUCGUCGAGUGCUGUAAGAAUUUCUUCUUGUUUGUAAAUCGGUUUUUAGAUUGAUGCAGUAAGGUACGGCUAAAAUGCUUUAUAUCCGUUUUCUUGUUCCGAGCUUUCUGCUGUAGUACGAGUCGAUUCGAGGCUUUCGCACGGGGCUAUAAUUGAGUGUGCACCGUUGAUGGUUGCCCUAUUAUAGUGUGUAGAAUAAUAUUAAAUACUAUACUUUUUGUUGAUUUUUUUUUGAAUUUAUAUUUUUUUGUUGG